AUGGAAAUGCAAACAAUGGCACCCUCUUCAAGUCGCAUUCUUUACGAUGUGCCGUGCGCCGUGUGUCGCGACCAUUCCUCAGGCAAGCACUACGGUGUGUUUGCUUGCGAUGGGUGCGCAGGCUUCUUCAAGCGGUCAGUUCGCAGGGAUCGACGAUACGCUUGCAAAGCGCGACGCCCAGGUGCCUGUCUUGUGGACAAGGCGCACCGCAAUCAAUGCAGAGCAUGCAGGCUAGCCAAAUGCUUAGAGGCUGGCAUGAACAAAGAUGCUGUUCAACAUGAAAGAGGUCCACGCAAUUCUACAAUACGAAGACAGAUGGCAUUAUUUUUAAAGGACCCUGCCGUGCCAUCUUCAGAUGUAAACCUUUCACUGCCUCCGGCCCUAGACUUAGCCUUACCUAAACAUAGUCCGUUACCACCGCCACCUUUGAGUUUAUUCCAUAGUCCUUAUCAUCCAUAUCAUAGAAUAAACAUGCUUUCAUCUAUGGCACCAUGUCCUCCAAAGGCACCGUCACCGCCACCUAUCACAAUUUCCCUCCUCAGUCCCGCUCAGCCCGAAGCUAUGUGCGAAGCAGCCGCUCGAUUACUCUUUAUGAACGUAAAAUGGGCAAAGAAUGUUCCAGCCUUCACAUCUCUUUCCCUCUCGGACAGAUUACUACUUCUAGAAGAAACGUGGAGAGAUCUCUUCGUCAUUGGCACCUCACAAUUCCUAUAUCCUAUAGAUCUUAAAAUAUUAUGCGACGGAAAAAAUCAAAGAUUAGAUGUGAAACAAGUCGAAGAAUUCAAUAGAGUUUUGUUAGAAUUCGCAAAAAUUCGCCCUGACAAUAAUGAGUACUCGUGCCUUCGAGCGAUUGUUCUUUUCAAAACAUCGUUGAGCGAUAAGAAUAGUAAUGGAAGUCCGUUUUUGCCAAAUACGGAAACGAGAAGAUUUCAAGAUUUACCAGCGAUUGCUGCGUUUCAAGGUCAUUCCCAAGUUGUACUUAACGAGCACGCGGCUAGGGCCUAUCCCCACGAAACAUCUCGAUGUAGCCGUUUGCUACAGUUAUUACCGCUUAUUCGAGGAGUUUGCAGCGCGACUAUCGUUGAACUGUUCUUCCGUGCCACCAUCGGGGAGAUACCUAUAGAAAGGAUAAUAAGCGAUAUGUAUAGAACAGGAAAAGAUACUGUUUGA